AUGACGGAAGAUAAUUUCAAAAAGAUAUCACUCAGAGAUUUCAAAUUUGAGAGAACUUUAUCAAAUGAUGUUGAAGCUAAAUAAAUCUAUCUUCUGGGCACGAUGAAAGGAGAGGAUCCUUAGAAAAAGGCUUUACUAAAAAUGGAGAAAUUAGCAUUUGAAGAAAAGGAUUUAUAGAAUCUUGGUUAGUAGGAAAAUGAUUGUUUAGGCACUGAUCAGCUCAUACUCUCUGAGAAUCACUAUUUCUAAAAUGAUGUGUAUAAUAAGAUGUUCCUAGAGAUGAAUCCCUAAAUAUCGAAGAUUCAAUGUGAUUUCGCAUUUCCUGCCCCUUAGUCAUAAAUUGAUAAAUAUACGAAGUAGGAGACCUUACUUAUACAUGAGACUUAUGAUAUGUACAAUAACUUUGUGAAACCUCUAUUUAUUGAUAAACUUGAACCAAUAUAGUGGAUUGAAAAUGUUUUAGAUGGGAAAAGUGAACUUGAUCUUCAAUUAUUUAGAGCUGAUGAUUAUACUAUAAAGAUUGACUGGAAAAUGAACUCUGAAGAUUUAGACACGCUGCACCUACUGGUCUUUCCAUAUGAUAGAAACUUAAGGACUGUUAGAGACUUGGAUUAGAGACACCUCCAGAUGCUUGAGUCUAUAAGAGACACUACAUAUACAUUGAUAGAAGAGAAAUAUUCUAUUAAAAAGUCAUAAAUAAGGGCAUUCUUUCACUAUCAUCCAACUUUCUAUAACAUGCAUAUUCAUUUUACUCAUAUCAGCUAAACUGAGAAGGUAGGAGCUUAUUUAGGCAGAGGAAUAUUUCUUGAGGAUGUGAUAGAGAAUAUCAAAAUUAAGGGUGAUUAUUAUCAAACUAAGACUAUGGCUGUUUGUUUAGGAGAAAAUAAUGCUAUUUACAGAAUAUUGAAAGAAAAUUAGUAAAUUUGA